AUGGGCAUAAGGUGCCCCAAGCUGCGGCUGCGGGCGCCGGGGGCACUGGCAGAUGUAGGCGCCGCAGGUGGGGGAGGAGCGUGGCAAGCAAUGCUGGUCAAGUUGCCGGAAGAUCGUUUUACCCCGCGCGGCGGGGAUUGGGUGAAAUGCGCUGCGAAUCCUCGCGCGAUUGGCCAAUUUUGCCAUCUGGCCGCUCCCGAAGUUUCGGAAAAUUCCUCGGCAUACAAAUGCAAGUCAAACGCUGCUGCACAACCCGACGACGACGGGCUCCCCCCUCUCCCCUCGGGCUGGCUCUUCGCCGCCUUUGCAGCCGCAGCGCCAUUCCCUCUUUUGAGACCAACCCGUCAGUCAAGCUCCAGAAAGACCAUGCAGUCGGCGGCGUACAUCGCGGCCAUCGCGGCCAUGCUCGCGGCCGUCAAGGCCGAGUCCGGCUCGGGCCAGCCCGGCUACUGCAAGAACGACGAGUCGUGCGAGGACGGCUACCAGUGUAUCUCCGUGCAGACGACGCGCUCGGGGAUCGAAGACGUCAAGCAAUGCCUUCCGUACGCCUCGGAGGGUGACGUGUGCUCCGGCACGUUCCCCGGCCUGUGCCCGUCGUUCUCGACGUGGAACACGGCCUUCCAGUCGAUCAGCAGCGUGUGCGCGGCCCAGCUGCCCUCGGGCACGGACCAGUGCCUCAACAGCUCGCACUCGGGCUCGGACAUGACCGGCUACGUGUCGUGCGUGGACAUCACCGAGGGCUCGGGCUCGACGGCCGAGACCGUGGGCGUCAUCUACGGCUGCGUCGACUUCGACGGUACCAACCUUCUCUUCGACGAGGACUCGGACAACUGGGACCUGUCGGAGCAGAUGAACUACACCGCCGUCAUCAACGAGGGCUGCGUGAACCCCAACAACGCCGAGGACUCGGAUGUCGUGUGCUCGGGCCGCGGCACGUGCACCCCGUACACGGCCGGCCAGAUGGACUACUUCUGCGAGUGCAACGUCGGCUACAACGGCACGUACUGCCAGAAGGUCGUGUCCAACAAGUGCACGCUCGAGUCGCAGUGCCAGGCCGGCACGUGCAACCUUAAGACCCAGGAGUGCGAGUGUGACCAGGGCACCACCGGUGACCAGUGCGCCUACUGCGACCCCGACUCGUCCAAGGCCUGCAACGGCCACGGCACGUGCGUUGCCGCUUCCAGCGGCUCGGGAUCGUCCACGACCUCGGGCUCCACCACGGGCUCCACGGCCACGGCUGGCACGGUUGAGGCUGCUGGCUCGGACAGCUCGUCUGCUCGCUUCCUGAUGGAGACUGUCGGCAUGGCCUCGACCUCGAGCUCUGGCGACGGCAACGUGUGCAAGUGCGAGAGCGGCUACGCCGGCGACCAGUGCACGCGCAAGGUGGACUCGAGCUCCAGCGGCGACGGCAAGAAGAAGAAAUCGAGCGGCUCGUCCUCGAGCGACGCCUCCUCGAUGGCCACCUCCAUCGCCCUCGUGGCCUCGGCCUUCGUGGUUGCUCUCCUGAACUAGACGGAUUGUUCCCCCGCUGCCUCAGCAGAAAGGUGAAGCAGGGCGCUAGCUGGCAACUCGGUCAUAAGGAUUGCUGGCCACGCACUGCGCGUUGACUGUGUGUUUUGAUAUGAGGAACGCCGCGUCAUUUCUCCUUAAUGCAUUUUUGCUUUUUCUUAUAAACGCUAUUUUCAUU